CGCUAGCCAAUUUCGCUGCGGCUGCUUUUUUCCCUUUGCUCAACUUGACACAAAAGCGCCAUGUCUAUAUUACAACAGUUCUGUUCAGAAGUCGUUCAAACAUACAAUGCACGUAACGGGAGACGAUUCGGCGAGCUAUUUACUCUGGAGGACAGUAACCCCGGUGUCAUCUCCAUUCGACGAGAAUUGUCUACGGUAUACAUAUAAAAAGAGGAAUCUCUACGCGUUCGAACAACUUUAAAUUCAACAUUACAAGGCAAACUUAAUGUUUAUAAAAAAUGAACAACUAUUAGAUGCAUGAAACACAGUGUGAACAGAUGAUUAGCAACAACCUUGAAGAUGUUUCCUACUCUCUGUCCGAGUUCGUCACUAAUUAUAUCAAGCUGCUGAACAACUCCAUAAAUUAUCCGCUUGCACACGUAUAUGACCAAUUCCAAAUAUUCUUCAAUGCGUUUAUACCUGUAUUUAGUAGCGCGGAUUCAAACUAUCUUUUGCCAUUUCUAAAAAACCUAUCGACGACACUUGUGGAUUUCGCUUUCCAUGUGGAUAAAGUGGAGAAUCUAUCUGUCAAAAAAAUGAAAGCCAACGGAGCCGCACGUUUGUUAUCCAAAGUAUUCAAUAUCAUGCUCGCCGACAGAAAUCCGUUACAAGAAUCCAAACGCCUAGGCAUUAUACACAUCACGAAUUUGGCAUUCAAAAUAUACACAAAGCUGGAUAUCACGAAUUUGUGCAGCACAUUUAUUACGAACCUCAAGACUGGUGGUGUGGAACUUAAAGACUUCCCAAUUUCUCAGCAAGUUGCUCAUCGUUACUACCUAGGACGAUUCAGCUAUUACAAACAGCAAUUAUUAAGGGCUGAAAAACACUUCCAGUUUGCAUUCCAACAUUGUCCUGCUAAUAGCUGGCAUAACAAACGCCUCAUUUUGAAAUUCCUGAUACCCACUCGAAUCAUUAUGGGCAAGCUACCGAGUAUGGAAUUACUUCAAAAAUACAAACUAGAAAAUCCAUACGCUGACUUGAAGCAGACGAUCCAGCGAGGCGAUAUUCGACGUUUCAAUGCCAUCCUUGAGCAUAACUAUGCCUUUUUCGCUCGCUCAUGGUCAUACCUUACUUUGAGAGCAAGAUGUCCAGUUCUGUUAUGGCGAAGUUGCCUACGACGAGUAUUUAUAUUGACCAGACAAAGUGACGAGGACCGAGUCAUGUCGUUCAGGGUGUGCUAUGAUGGUCUUCUUGCUGCUGGCGAAGAUCAGGACCUCGAUUUUUACGACACCGAAAACAUUCUUGUUUCUUUGAUUAGUCAAGGUUACAUUCGUGGAUACUUGCAUCAUCAGCUACAACAGGUUGUACUGAGCAAAGUAAACCCAUUCCCACCCAUCAGCCAAAUCAGACCCUAUGUCGAACGCUAUAACGAUGACGCCGUCGAGGAGCACCUCAAGACCAAUCAACCCAUGCUACCACACGACAUACAAGCAUUUAUUGAAGAAUCUGAUGAGCCGCCGAUGCAGUUUGGUGCUACGCUCGAUGGAUAUGACGGUUUUGCCGAUCAAACUUAUGAGGAAGCAGCACAAGCAGGAGCAGGAGGAUUUGGUAUGAUGGCGUCUAUGGAUGGAGGAGCAGGUGGAUUCAAUAGUGGAACCAAUGAAAAUAACUUGUAUUUUCAACAAGCUAUUUGAUUGUCGCCUGAUAAAAUACUAUGCACCAUUAACGCCUAACCGAAACAUACACUUAAACUCACACGAUACCAUUCAAAUUAAUGCAUGUUUCUGAGAAAUACAAGCAUACACAAUGUUCUACAAUGCAACGUAGUGUGUUAGUGGUGGCAUUGGCAGUAUGAUAAUAGGAUAUUGUUGAAGAAUAUGUA